AUGCGGCGCUACAGCGAGUUCAACAAGUUGCGGAGAUUCCUGCGGGCCUGGCUCGCCUACACAGCCCUUCGCUACACCAACAGUGGCGUGCCCAGCUGGGCAGAAGGGCACCUCCGCGACUUUCUGGAGAGGGGAGCCAGCCAGAUGUCACCAACGGUAACAGUAUACGGAGGGCUGCCGACACAGCAGCCGGAAACCAUGUCAGUCAUGGUGCCUGAAGGGGUGGUGGCCGGGCAGCCUCUCACCGUGUCAAACCCGGACGGAUUCAACUUUGUCGUGCAUGUGCCACAAGGUGCAGGGCCGGGAACUGUUCUUCAGGUUCUGCGGCCGCAGACCCAGGCAUCUCAGUCGGAACCACAAGCAGGGGCGCAAGCGGCAGCAACACCGGCGGUCGUCAGUGCGAAGAUGACCCUCAACAUUUGCGUGCCUCGAGGCGUACAACCUGGCCAAAUCCUGGCCGUCAAGGUUCCGGACGGCCGGGAGCUGACGGUGGAGGUCCCAGCAGGGGCCGGCGAAGAGCUACUUCUGGAGUUCGAUCCCCAGGCUGGACAACUUACUGCCUUGCCACCCGUUUCGUCGAAGGACCUUGGCCACAGUGCAGAAGCCGCGGCAGUUUUCAGUGUGCCGGUUCCGCCAGAAGGACGACCGGGGCAGAUGAUCCAUGUCCAGGUGCCGGAUGGCCGUAAAUUGCCCAUCACCUUGCCGGAGGGCAAGCGGCCAGGAGAGCUCUUCUUAGUGAGCCUGGAUCCGAACCAAGACUGCCUGGUUCUGUCCCAGUAG